GCCCGCCCCUUUUCUCGGUUGCUCCGGGGGCUGUGUUAGCAUUGGGCUCUGGAGCUGCAGCUCUUCCUGUGGGGGGAGCCAGUCACAACGGAUCGGGCCACGUGACCCGCGCAAAGCGAGUCCUCUCCAUCUAGAGCCUUCUCGACAUGGCUUUUGCGGGGAGCGCCGUGCCGGUCUCCUCCCUGCUGCUCUGCUGGCUUUCCUUCGCCUGGGAGAGCAGCAGCGCUUUGCACACCAAGGGCUCCCUGCCCCUGGAUGUCAUCACCUUCUACAAGGUGAUACCAAAGAAUAAGUUUGUCCUGGUGAAAUUUGACACCCAGUAUCCUUAUGGUGAGAAGCAAGAUGAAUACAAAAAGCUAGCAGAAAGCUCAGCUUCCAGCGAAGAUCUGCUUAUAGCUGAAGUGGGAAUAUCAGAUUAUGGUGAUAAACUGAACACAGAGUUGGGUGAGAAAUACAAGCUGGAUAAGGACAGCUAUCCUAUUUUUUACUUGUUCCAGGAUGGGGACUUUGACAAUCCCUUACCUUACAGUGGCCAAAUAAAAGCCAGUGCUAUUCAGCGUUGGCUGAAGAGUAAAGGCAUCUAUCUGGGAAUGCCAGGCUGCCUACAAGAAUAUGACAUCCUGGCAGGCAAAUUUGUGAGCACCACUAAAGAGUUAGACCGUCAAGCUCUUCUCAAACAGGGGCAGGACAGUUUAGCAAAAGCCAAGGAAACGGAGAAGAAACAGGCUGAGCAGUACUUGAAAAUCAUGAGUAAAAUCCUGGAGCAAGGAGAGGAGUUUGCUGCUAAUGAAGUUGUCCGGAUCACAAAACUGCUCGAGAAGAACAAAAUGAGUGAUGGGAAGAAGGAGGAGCUCCAGAAAAGCCUAAACAUCCUUGCCUCUUUUCAAAAGAAGAAUAGUGAAAAAGAAGAGCUUUAACUGGCUGGAGAACUUUGUACAAGCUGUGAAAUACUGGCACGAGGUCCCAUCCAGUUCUCCUUAUGCAAGCAAACUUCCCUUUGACCUCCAGGGAGCAGCAAAAUUCCUUCUAAUGUGCUUGGUGCUUUAGAAAACUCAGAGGAAGGCCUGUUGUCUUUGAAAAAUGACAGUAUUCUGUAGUAGGGAUUCAAACAAUCACCUCUUAAAGUGAAACUGAUUUGUAUUAGUUGAUACAUACUAUUACACACAGAAAUACAUUAAAAACAGAUUUCAGGUUGCAAAGUCAAACACUCAAAAAUUUUGGAAAUAAUAUAAUUAAGGUUGCCUCUGCAGAACUAUCCCUCCUCUGCACUGAAUGCGGGUAGGAGUCCUGUGGAAAAAAUGUGAUCACAUGAUUAAAGACUGUCCUAAUGCACAUGUACAGUAGGGCUGAACUGAGGUUGUACAGUAUCGGAGGGGUAGCUGUGUUAGUCUGGAUCUGUAAAAAGGGUAUUUCCUAACUUUUGAGUAUUUGGCUUUGUAAUCUUAAUAAUCUUUUAAUGUA